AUGACGGCGCGACGCCAGAAGUUCUACCCCGCCGCGGAGAUCGUGGCGCUGGUGCAGUCGUUGGACCGCCCGCAGGACAAUGGGCUCUUCUCGCGCGACGUGCUGCUUGUUUACCCGCGCAUCGCGGAGGCGUACACGAAGGCGUGCCCGCGCCGCUGCGACCUCGAGACGGCCGCGCAGAAGGCUGCGAACGACGCGUACGGCUACGACGUGAAGCUCACGGAGCUGCGCGAGGACGUGGAUCUGAUGGUGAGCAACUGCCUGCGCUUCAACGGGGUGCAGGGGCCGUACGCCGACACUGCCCGCAGCUUUGAGAAGUUCGCAAAACAAGCGAUCGACGCGUACGUGGCGCAGAAGACCGGUGGACGCCGUGUUUCGUCGCUGCGGCUCUCGGCUGUUGGCGAGGCAGAAGGAAAAGGAACGCGGGGCAAACGACAGCGUGAUGAGGCGCAGUUGUCACAGCAAAAAAACAGCAGCAACAACAACAACAAUAAUAAUAAUACUCAGGGGAACACUUCGAGCUGCACGGAGCUUGUUAAGCUUGUCGAUUCACUGAACCGCCGCGAGGACAAGGGUGCCUUCGCCGUGGACGUGGCGGAGGCGUACCCGGAACUGCGCAAGGAGUAUGAGGCGACCUGCCCGGUGAAGAUGAACCUCAUCAUCGCCAAGGAGCGUGCGGCGAGUGGAUUCUACCUCGGCCUGCAGCACGGGCAGCAGCAGCAGCGGCAACGCGGAAGUGAGGUGGCGCUGUCAUCGGUCUUGGGUAGCAGUGUCGCGGAGUCGUUGGUGCUGCUGCGGGAGGAUGUAGAGCUGAUGGUGUCGAACUGUAUCCGCUUUAACGCCAAGGUGCAGGCGUGGGUGCAGCUCGCGCUGUCGUUUCAGCUGCACGCACACGAAAAGAUUGACGAAUUCGUUCUCCGUCACGCCCCAUCACUCAAAGGCACCGAGACUGGCGUUGACGUCUACGUCAAGGCAAAACAGCAACAACAAGAGCAGCAGAAGCAGUCGCAAGGGCAAGAGCAACCACAACGGCGCCCGGGCAGCAGCCGCAGCAGCAAUCAAGAUGGCAACCGAACAGCCGCGAGUACACCUCCCCCCGUCGCCGCCUCUGCUACGUCGUCCGAGAAUAAGGCAGCGGCAACAACGGCAGGCCUCCCCCCACGGGCCGCUGUGGCUACGGUCGUCAACCACGUCACGCCAGCCGUUCAGCCGACGGCGUUGCAGCCAGUGUUCGCAACACCAGAGGUGCUGCGCCGGCGGCUGGUGGAGGACCACAUUCACAGAGAAACGCUCCGUGCGCGGCUUGUCCACGCUGUCGAUGAUAAAUCCAAGGACGGCGACAGCCAGGAUGGUAACAAACCCACCGCGCCAACGUUCCAGCCGGCGCUUAGCUGCCGUGCUGUUCUUGCCGCCUUUGCAGUCUCUGUGCGGAACUUCUACCGCGCGCAGCGGGAGCGGCAAGACUUCGAGAACCCGUUUGAGUACCCGCGGCAGGAGGAGCAGCUGUACCUUGAUUGCAUCACCCUCAUUGAGCAGCAGUUUGAGCGAAUCUUCCUCCACGCACUGCUGUACGAGCGAGAGAAGGCCGACGUGUACGACCGGAGCGCUGCCAAGGCGGUGUGGCAGUUUGUUGCCAAUGGCGAUGCCGCGUCAGCAAUGAGUGUGGACAGCGGAAGCGGUGGCAACCGCUGCUGCUGCUGCUGGUUGGAUGAGGCGCACCUGUGCUAUCUCGUUCGCUUCCUUCAACACUUUCCGCAGCUGAUGGGACUCGCCAGCGCCACGGUCGCCCAGCCCACCACAAACUCCACCCCCGCACCAGGAGCAGCCAACGCCAAGCCGGAUCUGCACAUCACACGGGUGGCAAAAGGUGUCAUAGAAAAGUUCGCUAAAAUCACAGAAGAAUUUCUGGUGUUUAUUNACGCCAAGCCGGAUCUGCACAUCACACGGGUGGCAAAAGGUGUCAUAGAAAAGUUCGCUAAAAUCACAGAAGAAUUUCUGGUGUUUAUUGCGCAGUAUGAGCAGAAGGUCCUGGGCGCUGGGGAGGCUGAAGAAGCGCGCGAGGAAUAG